AAAUCGGAAUUUCGGUAUGCACAGGUUGUGAAGUAUUAGUGGGGCUUUUUUUUUUAAGUGCAUUCGUGCAGAGAAUAUUUAGUCGCCGAUUGGCCGUACUAAAUUGCUAUUUAGUGCUACUUUUCACAACAUGGAAGCUGUAGGACGCAUUGUGGAUGACGAGUUUGUGGAAUUUGUGCGAUAUGCUAGGGAUGUUCCCUACAAUCCGCCGCCUAGAAAGUAUCUUCGAGAUGGGGAUAAUCCAUUGGAAUGUUUUAGUGAUGAAGAGUUUGUGAAACGUUUUCGUUUCACAAAAGAAACUGUAAUUGGUACCAUCGUGCCCCUUGUUGCGGCUGACAAUGGAGAUAAGCGUGGUUUGCCGGUGCCAGCAAUUGUUAAAGUUACCACUGCACUACGCUUUUAUGGUAGUAACAGUUUUCAGAUUGUUUGUGGUGACCUUAUCCACUUGAAUCAAGCAACAGUAAGCAGAAUUAUCAAGGUAACUUCAAAUGAGCUGGCAGGACAUUUGCUGCAGUAUGCACACUUCCCAGGACCAGGAGGUAUUCGUAGUAACCAGAGGAAGUUCUACGAUUUGGGUGAAUUUCCUGGAGUCACUGGUUGUAUUGACUGCACGCACAUCUGUAUUAGUAAUCCUGGUGGCCAGUUUCCUGAGUUGUACCGUAACAGAAAACAGUACAUGUCCUUGAAUGUUCAGGUUGUUGCAGGUCCUAACCUCGAGAUCAUGGACAUUGUAACACGAUGGCCUGGCAGUACCCAUGAUGCCAGGAUAUUUAGUAACAGCAGGGUGAUGGUUAGGUUUGAAAAUCAAGGACUCCCAGGAAUACUUCUAGGAGAUAAUGGGUAUCCACAGUUACCAUUCCUGUACACACCAGUACUGGUUCCAACGACAGCAGCUGAGAUCAGAUACAAUUUAGCUCACAGAAGAACAAGAAACAUUGUGGAACGGUUAUUUGGAGUGUGGAAGAGGCGGUUUGCAUGCCUUGGGCAAAAACUACGAACGAAACUGGCUACUUCAAACAAGGUUAUUCUUGCAUGUGCUGUGCUGCACAACAUUGCGGUUCAGCAUGAAGAGCCUUUGCCACCUCCAGUAGAAGAACUUCGUGUUUUACCCAUAGUGCCAGUUGCAAACUUGCGUCCACGCAACCACCGAGGAGCUGCAAUGAGAGCAAUGUUUAUUGAACGUCAUUUUGUGUGAAUGCAUUACGUAGUUUCCGUGGUUUUCUGUACAUAACUGCUUCAAAUGUAUUUUUUAAUUUUUUUUAAUAGUUUCAGUAGUGAAUUAAUUUUUUUUUAUUUUUCCAGGCACAGUCUAGAACAUGGAAUGUAAUAGGCCUCUUGGGGAAUCUCGCCAUGUAUAUAAAUAUAGGAGAUAACGCAUUGAGCACUAUACCUCCAGAGAGCUUCCUCUAAGGUGAUGUGGAAACUGGUGCAAUGGGUCAAAAAUGUGAGUAAAUGGGUAAGUUUCCUGCAAUGUGUAUGUAAUGAUGUUUAUUUGUUCAGUUUUUUUAUACAAUUGAAAUUUAGUGAAGCUUUUGUUUUCUUUUAACAGGUUUCUGUGUUGUUAAGCGAUUACAUAAAAAAUAUACCUUUUUAAGGUGUCAGUUAGCAGUCUUUAUCCUAACAUUUAUUUAACCACUUUGCAAAUCUUAAGUAUCUAAUAAAACUUUAGCAUUUCAUGAUGUGGGUUAUGUGAGGCCUAUGGGAAUCGGAGAAAUAGUUAAGCCUUAUGUAUAUAAAUGAAAAGUGCAUAUUAUCAAUGAAUUUCAAUGAGUUUUUUUAUUAAUUAUUCAUGCAUAUUAAUGUCGUGAUAGAACAUACCCUAAUUUAACCAGCUGCAUUUCUCAAGCCUCGUAAUUACUGAUUUUAAAAUAAAGUGAUUUGUGUGUUCAUAAUAAUUACCAAGCUAUAUAGAUGCAGAAUAAAUACUUCAACAAGAUUUAUAUUGAAUAAAGUCUCAAUGAUUUUAAUACAAAAGCAUGUGUGUCUUUUUUCCCCUUUUCCUUGUGCCAAUGUAAGUGUAUUGUGUGGUGUAGGGUGAGAUUUGCUUGGAGACAGACUAGACACACUGACACUGCAGGUAACGGAAAGAUUACUGCUAAAAGGUCCACAGUGAUGAGAGUGAUCACAAUGGAGGAAUGUGUCUGACAAUAUAAUUGGCCAGUGUUCAGCCCUUUUGCAGCAAGUUAAAAAUUUUUAGUAUCCUUGAAACCUGGUUUUCUAAAUAAUGAAAGAAAAAUUGACAAUAGUAGAUACCAGAUACUCUUAGAAUUAGUGUAUGUAUAUAGCAGUAAAAUAAGUUCUAAAAAGUUUUAACCAACUAUCUAGAGAUAUAUAAAUAGCUUAUCACCCUGCUUUCAGCACCAUUUAUUGCUGUGUAUGGUAAAGUCGAGUGAGAGACAAGAGAUCUGUUUUUAGAGAUUAGUGGUCAUAAAAGCAUUGGUUAUGCAAAAAACAAUAAAUUGCUAAUGAGUCCUCUUGGAAUGGUCUGUUGCAAUUUUAACAUUUUUGCAGGUAUUACAAAAUGAUGGAAAGUCGAAAUAAUGUCAAAUAUUUACAUUUAUUAUUAGUCUGAUGUUAGAGUUGUAACUAUGUACACUGUUUAAUGUGCUUAAAAAUUAGCCAAACCUUCCUCUUAUUAUAAAUGUUGUAUGCAUACUGUUAUGCCUUUAAUUGUCUAUUUUGCUGUUUAACAUUAAAGUUUCACUGCAGUUUAUAAACGGGACUAAACUAUAGCAGCAGUUAACACAGUAAGU